CUUCAGAAUUUACGGGCUAAAGAAAUGGAUUUGCACUCCCAAGUUCUCAUAGCUUCUCUCGCGUCUCUGUUGCUGUUAUUGACAUGGAGGAUUCUGCAGUGGGCUUACAUCACGCCAAAGAAGCUGGAGAUUUUUCUAAGAAGACAAGGCUUCCGUGGCAACGCCUAUCGUUUGGUGUACGGGGACUUGAAGGAGAUGUCGAGCACCUUCAAGGAAGCCAAAUCAAAGCCAAUCAACAUCGACGAUGAUAUCAAGCCCAGAGUCCUCGGCUUGUUCCUCAAAACCGUUGAGAAAUAUGGAAAACAAUCUUUUAUAUGGCUGGGGUUGAGGCCCUCUGUUUUCAUAACUGAUCCUGAAUAUAUUAAGGAGGUGUUGGCUAAGAACAACGUGUUCCAGAGGGGGAGGAGGUCUCCAUUGAGUAGGCUUCUAGGGCAGGGACUUGUGAGCUAUGAGGGAGAAAAAUGGGCCAAGCACAGGAAGCUCUUGAAUCCGGCAUUCCAUCUCGAGAAGUUGAAGCUGAUGAUACCGGCGUUUACUUUGAGUUGCCAAGAUGUGUUGGACGAAUGGGAGAAGGGUCUGUCGCCCGAGGGAUCGUGUGAAAUAGAUGUUUGGCCUCAUAUCCAAAACAUCACCAGCGAUGCUAUAUCGAGGACUGCAUUUGGCAGCAGCUAUCAAGAAGGGAGAAGAAUAUUCGAGCUGCUGAGAGAGCAGGCGAAGAAUUUGGCACUGGCUACACGAUCAAUAGAUUAUCCGGGACGGAGGUUUGUUGACAAAAGAAUCAGUGGAAUGAUGGAAAUCUCGAAAGAAGUUAAUUCGUUAGUACGAGGCAUAGUGGAUAAAAGGAUCGAGGCGAUGAAAGGCGGGGAGGCAAGUAAAGCAGACUUAUUAAACAUAUUGUUGGAAUCUAAUUUCCAAGAAAUCGAACAACAUGGGAACAAGAGUUUUGGAAUGAGUUCGGAUGAAGUCGUGGAAGAAUGCAAGCUAUUUUACUUUGUCGGGCAGGAGACUACUUCGUCAUUGCUCGUGUGGACGAUGAUUCUGUUGUGCAGAUAUCCAGAGUGGCAAAAACAAGCCCGCGACGAGAUUUUCCAAGUCUUUGGGGACCAAAAGCCCGACGGCGAAGGUUUGAAUCAGCUGAAAACUGUUAACAUGAUUCUGCACGAGGUGAUGAGGCUAUAUCCUCCAAUAGUGUUUCUUCGGCGAAGGAUCAGCGAAGAAACCAUCUUGGGGAAAUUGACAUUACCGGCGUCAGUUGAACUCAUAUUGCCGAUACUCCUCUUGCAUCACAGCCGCGAAAUUUGGGGGGAAGAUGCGAUGGAAUUCAAGCCGGAGCGAUUUAGCGAAGGGGUUUUGCAGGCGCAAAAGAUGCCCGGUAUAUUCUUCCCGUUUGGAUGGGGGCCUAGAAUUUGCAUUGGCCAAAUGUUCGCAAUGGUGGAGGUGAAAGUGGUGUUGGCAAUGAUGCUACGUCGUUUUUCAUUUGAUCUUUCGUCGUACUACGUUCAUGCUCCCGAGACAGUCGUUGCACUUCAACCUCAGCACGGGGCUCACUUAGUUUUGCACAAACUUUAGAAUCGAAUUUUGUUUGUUGGGAUUGUUGUAAUAAGCCGUGUGUUCGACUACUUCGAUGUUAGGCUGCUCUAGAUUUCGAUUGAUGCAAUCUGUGUAAGUUAAAUUUGUUGAAAUAUUUUAGAUAUUUGGGCUGAAGACGACUCUCCACUAGAGUCAUGUCGUUUUUUACUCCGGUAGAAAGUCAUGUCAUUUUUUACUCCGGUGGAGAGUCAAAUGUUAUUUUAAUUUUAUUUUUUUUUCGUUUA